AGUGGUCGCUCAGCGCAUUAGGUUCCCGAGCACAGAACCAAGAUGUCGCCAGUGGCCUUGCUUCUUUUUCUGUUGGCACUCGGAGGGAUCUCCUCCUCCGGCUGGGCCAUUCGUGUCAAGGGAAACGCCACCGGAGCGGAUGUCUUCAAGGAUCAGCGAGUCAUUGGCGGUGAGGCGGCACCGGAGGGUUUUGCUCCAUAUCAAAUCUCCCUGCAGGGCAUCUCUGGUGCCCAUUCCUGCGGCGGUGCCAUCAUCGCCGAGCAGUGGGUCCUCACCGCCGCCCAUUGUGUGGCCAAUGCCAACAUCGACUUCCUGGUGGUGGUCACUGGCACCAAUCAGUACAAUAAACCUGGUGGCAGGUACUUCCUUCAGGCAAUCCACAUCCACUGCAACUACGACAAUCCCGACAUGCACAACGACAUUGCCCUGCUGCACUUGAAGGAACCGAUUGUCUGGAACGAACGCACCCAGCCCAUUCCCACAGCCAAAGUGCCCAUGCAGCCGGGCGAUGAGGUUAUACUCACCGGCUGGGGCUCUACUGUUCUUGGGGGCAUUGCUCCCAUCGAUCUGCAGGUGGUCUACCUACGCUAUGUGCCGCACCGCGAGUGCCUGGGGCUGCUUAGCAACGAUCCCGACUGCGAUGUGGGCCACAUCUGCACCUUUUCGCGGCAGGGCGAGGGCGCCUGUCAUGGGGACUCGGGCGGACCGCUGGUGAGCAAUGGCUACCUCGUGGGCCUGGUCAACUGGGGUUGGCCCUGUGCCAUUGGAGUGCCGGACGUCCAUGCCAAUGUCUUGUUCUAUAAAGAUUGGAUGCGCAACAUCAUGAGUGGCAAUGUAAAAUGCGGAGGCUUCAGCACCAACCAGGUUUAGGAGUUCCAUAUUCCCCCUUUGGGCUAUCGUUGCCCAUUAAAUUGGCCAGUUUAUAAGGCCACGAUAAACUGUAGCCCUCGAUAAGGCCCAUUGAGACUCAUUAAUAAAGUUUUGAUAGCGACCAAA